AUGGUAAAGCAAGUUGUUAAGGUGGUGGGAGGCAGUAGAUAUUGGCCACAAUAUUGUGUUUCACAACUUGCCAAACUAGAAGAGAAUAACAAAAAAUUAUUUUCUGCAAACGGUUCGGUACGGACGAAGAAAUUUCUAACAAAAGGGUCGGAAUUCGUCAAUAGGAAAUGAGAGAAAAACCAAGCAAUGCCAAGAGCUCCGUCAAUCCGCUGUUCAUCGAUAGACGAAGCUCUCUCUUUAUCAUCUCGCGCCAGAUGCAACAAAGGAUGAGUCCUUUUUCCUUCUAGUAAACGA